AUGUUACAUCCUUCCUUGUGCAUUUCUUCUGAUCUAACCAUUUUAUUGUUGCACAUAGCUCACCAGGCGGCGUUCGAUAGGGCAUGCAUUCUGCAUCGCGAUACUAGUGUCAGAAACAUUAUGAUCACCCCAAAUCAUCAAGGGUUCCUCAUUGACUGGGAUCAUUGCAUUAUUCUUACCGACAGACGUGGCGAAAAAGGCAUAUGCCGAACCGGUACCUGGCAGUUCAUGUCUGCGCGCCUUUUGGCUUCUUAUGGGACCUCGCACACCCUGGUAGACGACAAGGAAUCAUCACUGUGGGUUCUCCUCUACGUAGCUCUCAGAUAUACCCGCAAAUCAUCUAUACCGACUGUCUUAUACGAUGAUUUGAAGUCAUGGUUUGAGGACUCCGUACUCCGACCUCGUGGGGAUAUCGGUGGUAGAGGCAAGAAAAGUGUGCUGAAGAACCCUUCUGACCUACUUCCUUCGACGUCAACGGUCUCAAUGAGUUGCUGCGAGAACUGA